CGAUAGAUGCCUGUAUUGCCUCCACCCUUUACGCUUUCUCUGUCUGCUUCUCAUCGAUUUGUUUUGUUUUUUCGGCGGCUGCUUGUGUUUUGUGUUUACGUUUCCUCGCCCUGCAGUUCUUCAAUGAUGAGGAAGAAAUCUCAGGUCGAAGUAUGGACUCCCACCAAAAAGCACAUAAUUUAAGAAGAAUGGACAAGUACCUAGUUCAUGAUCCAUGUUCAUCAUAACUGGAAAUGGACAAACAUUUGUGGCCCGACCCUGGAUGUAACCGCAGAAAAAUGAGCUAGUGGACCGUGGCUGCAACAAGUGUUAAAAAGUGGCAUUUCUGGAAAAUGACUUGGGAUGCAUCAAUUCCCCUCCCUGUUUUGACGCACCGGCAAUCAAGACUAGUUGUGGGUCUUCUCGCCGUUUUAUGUUAUGUUGGCUCUCUGAAUGGAGACUUCGUGUUUGAUGACUCGGAAGCAGUGGUUAACAAUGAUGAUGUCCAGCUCACUACUCCUGUCUGGAAAUUGUUCUCUCAUGAUUUUUGGGGAACGCGCAUCACAAAUAACGCUAGCCACAAAUCCUACCGGCCACUCACUGUCAUAUCGUUCAGGUGGAACGUUUGGCUGAAUGACGGGAAGCUAGAACCUUUCAGUUUUCAUCUAUUCAACGUCAUCCUUCAUGGCAUUAAUAGCGUACUGUUACUCAGUGUCUAUAAACUCCUGCUUGGAGUUGAGUCCCCAAAGCUGUCUCUGGUUGCUGCGUCUCUCUUUGCUCUCCAUCCAGUCCACACAGAGUCUGUGGCUGGCAUAGUGGGGAGAGCAGACUUACUGUCCACAUUUUUUGCAUUUAUAAGUAUUCUAGUCUAUCAGUAUGCUGUAAGAAAGGAGAAUACCAGUGUCAGCUCCUUGAGUUAUUGUGCACUUUCGUGCGUUUUUGUUGGCAUUGCAAUGCUGUGCAAAGAGCAAGGCAUCACUAUCAUUAGUAUUUGCUGUCUAUAUGACCUGCUGAUUGUGAACAACAUGUACCUGAAUAAAAUGCUGCAUGAGGUUUUCAACUCAUCACAGAAAAAACCGAAAAGCAACAAACAGUUACCUCAUAAGAUUCUGAAUCAAAUCCAUCAAAAUGGAUUAAAUGGGCAUAGCAACGGUCAUGGAGCAGGUGCUGUUUCGAUGCAAAAUGGAAAUCGCAGCAAUGGUUUGUCAGACGAAAAGCUGAAAGACAACCGUCAUUUCUUCUUGUUGUUGCUCCGGCAGUCCAUACUGUGUUUUGGUUGUGUUGCACUCUUGUACUUACGCUGGAUUGUCAUGGGUUCUGCUCCUCCCGUCUUCCAAAAAGUCGACAAUCCUGCAUCGUUCUUAAAUAAUACACUCGAAAAGGUUGUGAACUACAAUUACUUAUAUUCUCUGAACAUGUGGAUUUUGCUGUGUCCGGAGUGGCUAUGCUUCGAUUGGUCAAUGGGCUGCAUUCCACCAAUCAGCGUCUGUAAAUUUCCAAUCGACCUCAGACUUUUGGCUGUUGUCAUCCUGUGGGUAUCAUUUGCUGCAACAAUGAAGAGACUGACCAAGUCUUUCAACACGCAAGAAUGGAGGGGUAUAGUGAUAGCAUUAGCACUCCUCAUCAUUCCUUUUUUGCCAGCGUCAAAUCUUGUCUUUCGCGUUGGAUUUGUCAUUGCUGAGCGUGUGCUUUACCUUCCCUCGGCUGGUUUUUGUCUCUUGGUUGCUCUCGGAAUAAGGAGACUGUCUGUUUUCCCUAACUCGAAAAAUCCACUGCGAAUCAUGUUGCUUCUCCUUUGUGUGACAUUCUUUGCAAGAACUGCUCAACGCUCCCUUGAGUGGUGCUCGGAGUCAGCUUUGUUCUCAAGUGCUCUUUCGGUCUGUCCAUUAAAUGCCAAAGUUCACUACAAUUUGGGAAAAAAUUCGGCUGAUGCUGGUAAAACGGAAGAAGCCAUUCAGUUCUACAAACAAGCCAUCAAAUUACAUCCUGAAUAUGAUCAAGCAAUGAACAAUCUAGCAAAUAUCCUGAAAGAUACUGGAAACCUGACGGAGGCAAGAUCGCUACUAGAAACAGCCGUGAAAAUCAGGCCUGAUUUUGCUGCUGCAUGGAUGAACUUGGGUAUUGUCCUGUCCGGUUUGAAACUUUACAAUCAAGCAGAGACAAGUUACCACACUGCUCUGACUCAUCGCCGAAAGUACCCUGAUUGCUACUAUAAUCUUGGAAAUUUGUACCUUGAUAUGGGUCGCAAUGCAGAAGCUUAUGAAGCAUGGCUCAUGGCAACGCGCUACCGCCCUACUCAUACAAUUGCAUGGAGUAACAUGAUAGUCAUGCUUGACUCAAUGGGAGAGUAUGUCAAAGCAGAGCAGGUCGGCAAAACAGCUCUCUCCAUACUGCCUAAUGAACCAGCACUACACUUCAGCCUCGCCAAUGCGCUAGGUAAAACAGGGAAGCUCGAAGAAUCGGAGUGGCAUUUCACCCAAGCAAUCAACCUUAAUUUCAACAAUGCUCUUUACCACUCGAAUUUUGGGGUUUUGUACCAUCGAUGGAAGAAAUUUGACAAGGCCGAGCAUGAAUACAAGAUUGCGUUAAAGUUGAAUCCCCAUCUCACCAGCGCAAAGGAAAAUCUAUCAUCAUUGAGAAAACUUCGUAGUUCAGCAUCGUAGUAUUCCGUCAAUGCUGUCAGUCCAAAAAGUUUGUGCAAUCUCAUGCAUGAAAACUCCUUGCAAAAAACUUCCUGCUUCACCUUGUAUGAUCAAAAAAACAUUCCUCUCUAAGUCUUCUCAUAUUAUUAAAUCCUUAUAGCGUCUGUAAUUUUUCCUAUUUUUGCAGUUUUCCUCUCAAAUAAUUGUGUACCCCAUCAGAAUGGUUUGCCAUCAAUUCAUGUAGAAUAUAGGUGCUUGAAAGGUUUUAAGCUUACACUCAUAGCAUUGCAUCUAUGAUUUUUAGUGGUGCCUUUUCAGCCAACGUCUAAAUUUUAGAAGCUCUAAUCUAAGAGGGUCUCAAAAUUUAAAAUACACGAAAGCACCUGAAUUUUUUAAUGGUUGUGAAAAGACAGUAUGGUUAUCAAUCAGAUAACUGCCAGCACAAUAAUUGUAACUUUAUUGAAGCGUUUUUUUUUACAGUAAGCCCUUUUUUUUAGUACCCCUUAUCAGAUGUUCUUUUUGUUAAUGGAAUUAAUCCUAUUCCUACAAACGCUUCAGAGAAAAUAAUGAGUAUUCUUCCCUUUUUAAUGUUUGAAUAUUUUUACAUGUUCUAGUCAAAAUUAGAAAAUGGAGGCAUUUUAUUGCAUUUUUUAGGAUAGGAACAUGAGCUUUCUAAGUUUCAGUGUAAUCUUAUUGACAAUUUUUGUACUUAGUAAAUAACGAAAAAGCAUCUCGAAUAAGUCAUUAAUUAAAAUAGACUCUUUUACAAAAUUUUGAUUUUUUCUCUCGUAUUUUUGUUUUAUUUGUUACAAAUUCGUUGAGUAUUAGUAGACUAAAUUUGAGGGCUUGUGUAAAUUUGAAGAAAGUGAUAAUCCUAUGUCCUAUGUCCUAGAAUUAUAAUUGAAUGCAUUCAAGCAAAAUAAUUUUUUGUACAAGUAAACCAAUUGCAAAUAGGUUUAUGUGAAGAUGGCUUAUUUUACAGUAAUAUAUCUAAUGGGCCAUAAGGCAAAGUCUGAACGUAGAAAAAUGCUGCAUAUAUUUUCUCAAGAAUCUUUCGAAGAGAAUGAUUUACACAGUGGAAAGUUUGAAAAUUAACUGCUGAAAAAUAAAUUUAGAAGUAUUUUUGCCAUGGGUCAAAUGGUAGUUAGAUUAUUUUGUCAUUCGACCUAUGUUGAUGGUAAACACUCAUAUCCCGUUCAGGAGUUCAAUUUUUAGAUUCUUUGUUGUGUGUUUCGUUUCCCUUGAGGAAAUUUGAAGAAAUAAUAGGUAUGUUGCGCAAUUGUUUAAUUCAUACCUUCUGCCAUAGUCCAUUGUUCCCUGUACUUUGUUCUUUUCAUAAAAAUGCUGUUUUCUAACAGCAUUUGCUUUAUAAUUCAAAAGGUAAUUUAUUCGGUAAUAAUCUGCGUAAAAUCUGAGCAUUUAAACAGAUCUAUUCAUCUCUUGCUGAUCUGAAAUAAGUACUCACCUGUCAAAACUCAAUUCCAUGAUACGCACAACUUAUCCAUUUUUACUGAAAUUUUAAAGUGUAAUGGGAGCAUUCAUCAAAUGUACAGUUAAAAACCUACAGGUCUGAACACUCGAAUUCGUCAUUAUUUUUGUGUUUGCUGAUAAUAGGGUCAGAUUUAUCCCUUUUAAUUAUUUUUGGUUAUUUUGUUCUUAUUCAAAUGAUGUUUUCAGUAUAACUGUGUCCAUUAAGUUGCUACAGUUUUUGUUGUAUAAUUUUUUUCAAAACGUGUUGUGUUGUUACUUAAAUUUGUUCAUGAGCUGACAAGUAAUAAAUUGUCCCAGUAUUAUGUUUUUUGAGGCAGUCAUCUUGCUGUUUUUUACAAGAUUCAAAAUCAGUCAACGAAAUAUGUAUUCUUUAUUUUUUACUUUAGCCCCUGUGUCUAGUUUAUGUUGCCUUAGCUGCAGGUGCUCAGGGACCAUUUUUGCCCCUGUUUGGUCGUUAUACUGCUGAAAAUAUUAAUGUUUUGAGUUGAAAAUCUGCAGAAGGUAACAGCUUGUUUCAGGACCUAAUGUUUAAGUUUGAUUGCAUUGUUGUAUUCAUCAUAUCUAAGAUAUCGAUUGUACUUUAACUGUGUAUUUUACAAGUGUUAUUUUGUGUGGUUGCAUGGUUUCCUGCAACCUUGGUAAACUGCUUAGUUUUGAAAUUUGUUUGCUUGAUUUUAUGUAGAGGCUUGAAUAGAGUGCUUGAAUUUUUCUAUUCAAUGAUUGUCAGGUUGAAUGUUCACUGUUUUCAGAAUUAACAAAGCAUUUGACGUCAAUUAGAUCAUUUGGAAAGAUAUUGUACCUAUGAAAGAAAUUGCAAUCAAGCUUCAAAGUAAUCCAAAAAUCCCUAACAAAGGCUUGUCAUAUGAGAAGAAAACUGUGCAUUUAGAUACUAUAUUGUUGGUAAUUACAAAAAGAAAAAAAAUUUGUGAAAACUGUCCAGAAAUUCUUCAAAAAGUGUUUGAUUUUUUAUUUUCGAGGCUGCAUGAACCAUGUAGUCACUAAUGAACUAAUUUCAACGUCCAUUUUGGCGGUGUGGCUGACAUAGCCAUUUUGAGUUAUUUUUUUUUUUUUUGGUAUGUUAAAAAUUAACUUGAUUGUAAUCUGAUAACUUGAACUUCUAUCGAAUUUUCACUUACAUAACCGUUUUUUAAAUUUAAGCAUCGUCAGUUUAAAACUGAACGUUUUUGGAUUUGAGCUUUAACUGUUUGAAAAAUCAUGCGGAUGAAAUUCUCAAUCAUGCAAUGAAUAUUUAAUGAAUCUGUCCACAUGAAAGAAAUUCUUUCCAUGAAUCAUUCCUCGUUUUCUCAUGUAUUCAUAGUCAUAACAAAAAUUUAGCCUACGCCAAAUUUCUUGAUAUUCCAUAUGUAGUCCAUUCAACAAAAUUUGAAAUCUAUUCCACUCAACUGCCCAUUGGCUGGUCAAUUUCUUGUCAUCAUCAGGUGACGUUACAAUUGGUUGUACCUAGUUGCAACUGGACGCAUUUUAAAUUGUAAAGAAUUGUCAUAUCAUUUGUCUAUGAUGUUUUAGCGUUUAAGAUCUUGCAAUUUAUUCUUCGUUGCUAUUAUUAUUUAUUUACCUGUAAUCCGAGAAUUGCCCCCCUGUAUUUUAUCUUGAUUGUUUUGUUUAAUUUUGCAAGCCAAUUAGUAUCAUCAGGCCAAGCCUGUUUUCUUUUGAGACCUACUGAGCCUUACAAUUAGCUGAAUUUUAGCUGAUUAGUAGAUAGGUAGUGUUGACGAAUUAACAUUGUUUUAGAAAAUUUUGGAAGGAUUAUCUCAAUAGCACUUGAUUGUUUAGUUGUUUUUAAUUGGAAUCAGUUUAACCACAUCGGAUCUUGCGUAAUUUUCUCUGAUGUUUUAUUUUUUAAACAGAAAACUAAGUUGUACUGAAACUUGACAUUUUGUGAGUAUAUUCUUCAUAAUCUGAAGUAAAUUUACAGAAAUGUUCAAAUUGUUCACUAGUUUAGUUCUCUGUUGAGAAAAUAAUAUUGUUUAAUCAAUAAUAAUAAAUUCUUGAGAAAAACAUGAGAGGAAAUUCGGCGACAGAAAUGAAAAAUUCUCUAUUCUUCUGAGUCGUCAAUGUGAUUCCAGUGUCCUAACAUGCUUAUAUUAGUGUGUUUCCCAUGUCAAGGAGAAUUCAUCUUUAUCAAACUUGCAAACAUAAUCAAUACUCUUAAGUAUUUGAACGUCCUGAAGACAGGCAAUGAAUUUUUGUUUUGUUUUUUGUUUCAAGACUUUCUAAGGUCUGGUGAUUUGAAUUUAUUUGAUUCUUUUUUUUUGUUUUUUUAGUUUUUUAUUUCCUUCUUGCAAGUGUUACUUUAUUUCAAGUCUCUCACAUUCCAUGAAUGUAUAAUUUAAGUUUUUUGUGAUGGCAAGUAGAUUAACUCUAGGCUGUAAGACGAUCCAUGAUCAAAUGUUAUUUUUAGGUGAAAGAAAUUCAAUAUUUUUGCGGGUGUGCUGCGAAACUACUGAAAACUGUAAACCUCAAAAAAAGGAUGGUGCAGAUACACCAUGAUGUUAUCACAAAAUAUUUUACUAUAAUGUUUCAAAAAUACUGCAGAGCAUUUGCUUAAAUUCUUGACCUCAGUAUUAUUGAGUAAUUAGUGAAUUGAUUUCAAUUAGCUUCUUCAACCUGUAUCGGGUAAACAACGUUUCAGUUAAAACGUAUCUAGUUAUUUAAGUUGAAAAUGUUUUGUUAUUUCUGUUUAUGAAAAAAAUUCAGUCUCACAAGCCUCAGAAAAAGAAUGCCGUUACAAACCAGGAGGAGAAUUAAUUGUCCAAGUUCUCAUGUUUCAGAAGGGUUUGCGUAACAAGGUCUCUUCUUUUUUUUCUCUCUGAAUCGUACUUACUUAUUCAUCUAUUUAGCUCUGAGGAAAAUUUACAUUUCUGCAGAAUUUUUCUGUAUACCAGUUGUUGCAAAACAUUAUCUCAGCAACUUGAGUAGAUAAUAACAUAGCAUGUGUUGAUUACGGCUGUGAAUAUGCACUUUUAUUAUUCGCUAUUUUUAGGAGUUCCACACACGGUGUAACGCACAGUUAGAAGAGUGAAGUCUCUCAUAUCAUUGUCGCAUUCACAAGUCACAAGAUAAGAAGGCCAACUUAAGUACGGAUUACAUUUAUUGUUUUUUAUUUUAAUUUUUAAAUUUUAUUGAACAUGUAUUUGAUAAUUAUUCAUCAUUAAUGAUAAGAGAAUAUGCCUGCCAUUUAUGGACAGUUCUUUAUUCUCUUCUUUUUAUAAAAUCCUUUAUCAUAUUUUUGCGUACUUUUGAAACAAGCUUCUUAAUGGUUGUGACUUUUGAAAUAAUAUUUCGUGUGAAUCAAUUCUCACACUGUCAGUGCAGGAAUUAUCUCAAUUUUUAUACUUUUGUAUUUCUGUAGCCGUAAAUAUUUUUAAUUUACUUACCUCUUUUUUACUUGCAUUUUUUAUCAUUUUCUACGAUUUCUGUCUGAAAUUUCGUAUUGAUUUAUCACCACUUCUAUUCACUGUCUAUCAUUGUCUACCAUGUGAAUCAUGUUUCUUUUGAAAUGACUGAAAUAAAGUAGUAAAUCUCAAACAA